CAAGUUCUUUUUCUAUAAUUAACAUUCCAAGUUCUAUAGUUUUAUAUUAUUUACAACAUGUCUCACAACGUUAAAAUACUACCUGGGGCUACUGUUUGCGAAGAUUGUACAUUAGAAGGAGAUAUUACAAUAGGUGGAGGCACGGUAAUCCACCCCAGAGUGACAAUCAUUGCGGAAGGUGGACCCAUAAUAAUAGCUGAAUAUUGUAUCAUUGAAGAAUAUUCUACUAUUAUUCACAAAAAAAGCGACAAGCAAGAGAAUCCUCUGAAACCCUUAUUCAUUGGAGCUCACAAUGUGUUUGAAGUUGGCUGCAAGCUGGAGUCUCCAUGUGGCCACAUAGGAGAGAGCAAUGUUUUCGAAUGCAGGUCAUUUGUGGGUGUUGAUGUCAAAAUAGGAAGUGGAUGUGUCAUCGGUGCAGCAUGCCGUCUAACAGCACCACAAACUCUAGCAGACAACACUGUGAUAUGGGGCUCUGACCAUCAUGUCCGAGAAGCUUUAGAGAAACAGCCAUCACAGCUUUUACAACUAGACUUUUUAAGCAAAGUUAUGCCUAAUUACCAUAGAUUGAGAAAACCCAAUGUCCAUAAAAGACAACCUUCCACAAGACAAUCUCAAGAAUCAUCCCCCAAACCAUAAACAAUGCUAAAUUAAUUCACUGUGCUGCU